AUCCCUUCUGUGUCCCAUUAGGUCGCCUGCACUGCCCGUCUUUAAUCUGAGCCAGGGAAGAAGGGGCGAACAUGGCAGCCAAAGCAGGAGACGACCCGGACAGCCUCAUGACUCUGGCUACAGUCUUCUGCCUCAGGAAUCUAAGGAAGACCAUGUGCUACCAAGGAUCCAGGAACAAGCUCUGCAUGCGCUCCGACAUCUUCCUACCGAGCGAAAUCUGCGACAAACUCGUCAACACGUACAUGGAGUUGGUCCAUUCUGACAGUAGCUUUGAACCAGAGGAGAGCUUCUUCCAGCUCUUCUCAGACCCUCGGAGCACCAGAGUGAGCCGAGUGCAGCUGAGAGGAAACUUUGUACGGGACAGAGAUCUGGAGGCCAUACGGAAACAG